CUCCACGCCGGAGUCGUUGUUUAACCGGUAAGCUUUUCCGUUCCCAAAUUCUUCUCCUUCCGCCUCCUGUUUAAAUCCGAUCUUAGGCUCCUCCCUGUGAUUUGUUGAAUUUAUCUAGAACCAAUCAAAACUCAUCCUCUGAGAUUCGUCGCUUGACUUCACUCAAAGUCCUUAUCUUUUUCUCUUGCAGGCAAACACUUCUUCUUCUCUCUCUCUCUCAAAGAUGGCGUUUUUUCGCCUGACCCGCGUUUCACGACGGUUGUUGAAGUCAUCCGUGUCGGCAACUCCAUCUUCGAGCUCUGUUUUCCACUCUCAACAACAACAUAUAUACUUGUCCAAACCUGUUACCACUACACGACAUUGCAUAAACCCUUUGCCUAAGUAUCCUCCAUGGAGUCAUUACUACGAUGUUUGGAGUAAAGGCACGGACUUUCAUCGUGAGGAGAAGCUUCUCGGUGUUGGCUGGAACUAUAGAUUAGUAUCUGGAAUGUCUUCGGUUGUGGAAGGGAAUCCUAAGAAGAAAGACGACGACAAGGAGAAGAAGAGUGUUGGUGUUUGUGUUAAGGAAGCUUCUUGGGUUGAUUUGUAUUUGCCUCAAGGAGCUAGAGGUUAUGCUAAGCUUGCUCGUUUGGAUAAACCUAUAGGGACUUGGUUGCUUGCCUGGCCUUGUAUGUGGUCAAUUGCGUUGGCUGCUGAUCCUGGAAGCCUUCCAAGUUUUAAAAUGAUGGGUUUGUUCGGUUGCGGUGCACUUCUUCUUAGAGGUGCUGGCUGUACUAUUAAUGAUCUGCUUGACCGGGACAUUGAUACAAAGGUUGAUCGUACAAGAUUAAGACCUAUUGCCAGUGGCCUUCUUACACCAUUUCAAGGGCUUCAGUUUCUUGGGCUACAGUUGCUUUUAGGCUUAGGGAUUCUUCUCCAGCUGAACAAUUACAGCCGUGUUUUAGGGGCUUCAUCUUUGUUACUUGUCUUCUCCUAUCCACUUAUGAAGAGGUUUACAUUUUGGCCUCAAGCAUUUUUAGGUUUGACCAUAAACUGGGGAGCACUGUUAGGAUGGACUGCAGUUAAAGGAAGCUUAGAUCCAACUCUUGUACUCCCUCUUUAUCUCUCAGGAGUCUGCUGGACCCUUGUGUAUGAUACUAUCUAUGCACAUCAGGACAAAGAAGAUGAUGUGAAGGUUGGUGUGAAGUCAACAGCACUUCGAUUUGGUGAUAAUACAAAGCUUUGGCUAACAGGAUUUGGAACAGCAUCCAUGGGGUUGCUUGCACUUUCUGGACUGAGUGCAGAUCUCGGGUGGCAAUACUACGCAUCGCUGGUCGCUGCAUCAGGACAAUUAGGAUGGCAGAUAGGAACAGCUGACUUGUCAUCUCGCACUGACUGCAGUAAAAAGUUUGUGUCGAACAAGUGGUUUGGAGCUAUUAUAUUUAGUGGAGUUGUACUCGGAAGAACUUUUCAGUAGAGAUCUCUCUGUUACUGAAUGCUCAUGAAGCUGCUCUCGGAGUACGGUUCACCUAUUCCUAUAUAUGAAAAUGUAAGUAGACUUUUGCGAGUGAAACAGAGGACAUGGUUUUGCUACCAAGGACAAUGUGCUCUCACCUUUACAAAACAUGGAAGAAGUCAUUGUCAGAUAAGCUGAAACUUGACUCUUCUCAAUAGUUUCUGGUUCUGUUAAUAGAAAAUGGGAUUCAUGUCUUUGUUUACAAGGAGGUUUUUUAUCCAUACUCAUUCAAAGCGUUGACAAAGUAACCCUCUGUCUGGACAUACUCAUUCUUGCUUUGAAAAAUAGUUGUAAUAUCAAUUAUUUGUAAGUUACAGGAUUAUUUUCCCCAAUUGUCUAAAAGAUUGCAAAAAAGUAAAGAUAUUUCACAAAA